AUGUUCAGGUCCCUAAGUAGGUGCUUCGGUACCACCUCCCAGCUUCUCAAGCAAUCAGGCGGAUCCAAAGCGGAAAAACAUCUAGACUAUCUCAAACACUACUACAAUCCAGAAUUAUUAGAGAGUAUCAAAAUUUCAGAGUCGGUAGUGGACCCCAAGGACUAUUUGAAUUUACAAUUACAAGGCCGCGAAGGUAAAUCAAAGGUUGCUCCAGGCUCAUCAUUUGACUACUCAACAACAGACCCUGAGUGGAACGAGCCUAUCUUAUACCCCAACCAGGGUUUGGGUCGUACACCAUACCCGGAAAUCCCCCAAGUGCACUCACCAGACCGUGGUGACUUAAGAAUACGUUUCAGCAAUGCUCCAAGAGCUCCAAAUGACUCACCACAAUCAAGCACAGCUGUGAAAAAUUCGAGUCAGAUUGCAAGGGAAUUGAGCCAACUAACGGGGCUAGAUGAAAAGUACAUACGAAACUUGUACAUCAGACCAUUGGUGAUGAAGCGUGUGUCUUUAAAGACAGCAAAGGGUAAUAUUGCCAAUUUCUUUGUCAUGUCAGUGGCUGGAGAUAAAAACGGUAUGUUGGGAAUAGGUAUCGGAAAGUCGAGAGAUGGUAUCCGUACUGCAGCCACCAAGGCGCACUGGAACGCAGUGAAAAAUUUGACCCCAAUAAAGAGAUACGACAACAGAACUAUUUUAGGUUCCUUUGAGCUCAAGUACCAUGCGACAAAGUUGAAAUUCAAGUCUGCCCCAAUCGGGUUUGGAUUGAGAUGUAAUAGAAAUAUUUUUGAAAUAUGUCAAGCUGCAGGUAUCAAGGACCUUAGAGGAAAAGUGCACAAAUCUAGGAACCCGGUAUUAGUUGCACAAGGUUUUUUCAAAGCCUUGACACAGCAGAAGUCGAUCGAGGAGUUGGCUUUGAAUAGAGGUAAAAAGGUUGUUGAAUUGAGAAAGGUGUAUUACUCUAGUGAUUAG